CGCCGCCGCCGCUGCCGGGGAAUCAUCUGGGCGGCAGCGGGCGGCCCCGGCUAGCGGCCGCGAGCCGCUUCUGCGGCUGCCAAGAGGAGCGAAGGUCGCCGGUCUCGUGUCGUCCCCCUCUCCGCCCCCCAGGAGGGGCGAGAGGGAGCCUCGGCUGAUGUCAGAAAUACACUUUCGGGAAAUGGCCCCUAAAUCUUGGCUGAAUUUUUUAACCUUCCUCUGUGGAUCAGCAAUUGGAUUUGUUUUAUGUUCUCAGCUAUUUAGUAUUUUAUUAGAAGAACAAGUUGACACCCAGCCUAAUAUUCUUCAUAAUGAUCCUCAUGCUAGGCAUUCAGAUGAUAAUGGACAGAAUCAUCUAGAAGGACAGAUGAACUUCAAUGCAGAUGCUAGCCAACAUAAAGAUGAGAACACAGACGUCGCUGAAAACCUCUAUCAGAAGGUUAAAAUUCUUUGCUGGGUUAUGACAGGGCCUCAAAAUCUAGAGAAAAAGGCCAAACAUGUCAAAGCUACAUGGGCCCAGCGUUGUAAUAAAGUGUUGUUUAUGAGUUCAGAAGAAAAUAAAGACUUCCCUGCUGUGGGAUUGAAAACCAGAGAAGGCAGAGACCAACUAUACUGGAAAACAAUUAAAGCUUUUCAGUAUGUUCACGAUCAUUAUUUAGAAGAUGCUGAUUGGUUUAUGAAAGCAGAUGAUGAUACGUAUGUUAUACUAGACAAUUUGAGAUGGCUUCUCUCAAAAUACAAUCCUGAAGAACCCAUUUACUUUGGGAGAAGAUUUAAGCCCUUUGUAAAGCAGGGCUACAUGAGUGGAGGAGCAGGAUAUGUACUGAGCAAAGAAGCCUUGAAGAGAUUUGUUGAUGCAUUUAAAACAGACAAAUGUACACAUAGCUCCUCCAUUGAAGAUUUAGCACUGGGGAGAUGCAUGGAAAUUGUAAAUGUAGAAGCGGGAGAUUCCAGAGAUCCCACUGGAAAAGAAACUUUUCAUCCCUUUGUACCUGAACAUCACUUAAUCAAGAGUUAUCUACCUAGAACCUUUUGGUACUGGAAUUAUAACUAUUAUCCUACUGUAGAGGGUCCUGGUUGCUGUUCUGAUCUUGCAGUUUCUUUUCACUAUGUUGAUCCUACAACUAUGUAUGAGUUAGAAUACCUCGUUUAUCAUCUUCGUCCAUAUGGUUAUUUAUACAGAUAUCAACCUGCCUUACCUGAGAAUAUACUAAAGGAAAUAAGUCGAGAAUACAAAAAAGAAGAUCCAAAAGUGAAAUUGGAAAACCUCGAAAGAAAAACAAAUGAACAGAGGUAAAAUGUCUAGCACUGCACUGAAGAAGAAAUUCUGCAUUUCUGAUAUAGAACACUGGAAUCUCAGUGAGGAAUUCUAAGUGAACAUUCCGUAUUAGAAAUCUUUCAUAUGAAUGACUGUAAACUGAAGCUUUAAGUGAGCUGUGAAGUCUGUUAAAAUGUUUUGAUACAGUAAUAUAUAUAUGAAAAAUAUGUGUUUUUAAAAUGGUGGCCAGGCAGAAGGACUAGAAAAGAGAUUUUGUUGCCUGUUCCUGACCACGUGUAUUAUUGUCACUGAGAAACUAAAACAGUUAAAUUUGCUAAAACUACACUGCACCAUGUUAAUAACACACACAUGAUGCUAAACAGAUCUGCCUUAAAGAAAAUUUUAGAAGGAAAUACUGUUGCUCGGUGUUGUUCAUAAACUCAAGACAUGAGUUUAUAUUUACAGUGUGAUAUAAAUGAACCAAACUCCUCCCACAUUCACAUGCAGUUUUUGUCUAAUGAAAAUUUAGCUGUUCAUGAUUGGCAGUAUUUCUUCCAGAAGAAGGUAGACUAAGAAUGGCACGUGUCCUAAAGUGCAUUAAUAAAACCACAUUUUGAAAUUGUCAUGGGCCUUGACUGUAUUAUAUACUUGUUCUAAUUAGUAGUUAAUCUUGUACUGAGUCUCGGUUGUCUCUUUUCUAAAUAUGUUUAACCAUUCUUGAAUACCAUUCUCAACUAUUAAUAUUUAUUUACUCAAAGCAUUAAUAGCAUUCUAUAAACAUGCAUUUUUAAAUAUUGUGUUCCCAAAUUUACCCAUUGUUAAUUAUGGGUAACUAAUAAAUAGUAAAUUUAAUGCUAUUUGGGGAUGCUUUUCUUAUAUCACUGCCAUUCUCAGGAAUUACUAAGUGACAUUUUUAAUUAUUUAAAACUCUUUCCAGCUACAUAAUUAUAGUUUCUUUCAUUCUCAUCCUGUUGAGAGAUGAGAAUUUGUUUGUGCCUUUCAUAACUUGUUUAAAGCAGAGUUUUGAAAUUCAUUUUUAGGAUCUGAGCUGGCUAUUAGUUACAGUGGCAGAAUCAUUUGAAUGCAAGAUUUUGAUCAGAGUUAAUUAAAAACAUCAGAAAAUGCAGAGUCCUUAAACAAACUCAAUAUGUCAGGUGUUAAAAGAUAUUGAAAUAAUUUAUAAAGAGCCUGAAUUUUGAUGCUGACUUACUAUUUGGAGAUGAUUGUUUUGCCAAUGGAUAAUUCUAACAGAGCAGAGUACCCAUUCAAGACUGUCAUCAAAAACACAUUCAUAAAUAUUUUGUUUUCAUUUUAGUGACCCUCUAUUUAAACAGUUUCUAAAAGGAAAGAAUUUUAAAUUUUUGUUGUCUUUAGCAAUAUUAUUUGAGUGUAUCGUUAACAAAAUAUUUUACAGACUUUCAGUAAGAUUAUCUUAACUGUUAUAAGAGAUUUACAUUUCUCUUAUGUUUAUGAUUAUGCUAGUUUUACAUGGCUGUCACACCGUUGACUCUGCUGCUUAGCUAAAUAGUUACGUUUGUUGUGCCAAAACAUGUCAAAACCACGUCCUCUUUGGAUGGUGUAUUUGAGAGGAUGUUCAUCUUAGUCACUAAUUGUGAGCUACUUUGUCUACAUAGUGAAAGCUCACACCAUUUUUACUAUUAAAUUGUUUUUUGUUGUUUUCACGGCAGUAUCAUCUGCCAAAAUUUUAAGGCAUUCAUUCUGUUCUUUGAACAACUGUUCGCCUUGGUGUGGAUAUUAAUUUCUUUGCAGUCCAUAUAUGCAACUUUUCUGUACUGUGUAUAAAUGAUUUGUCAUAAACAUCCAAAAAACCUUAAAAUUUACGCAUAGGAAAUUAACAUUGUGAUGAAUCCUGGUGUCUGGAGUCAGACUGCUUGGGUUUAAAUUCUUGCUCCAUCACUUACUAGUUUUGUAACCUUGAGGAAUUUACUUUAAUCUCUCUGUGCCUCAAUUUCCUCAUCUGUAAAUUAGGGACAAUAAUACUACCUACCUCACAGGAUUUUUUUGAGGAUUAAAUAAAUGAAUAUAUGUACAGCUUUUAGAACAGUGUCUGGCCCAGAGUAUGGAGCAAUUAGUAUAAGGUUUUAUUGUUAUUCUGUUACCUUGGGGUGUAAAUAUUUGUUUUAAAUGAAUGAAAAAUCUGCUCUAAUCAAAUCAGAUCUUGAAGGAAAUAUUUCAUACAUUUCUUAUAAUAAGUAAUAGCUAGUUUUUCUCUGAUGCCUACUGUAUGCCAGAUACUGUGCCUAGAUACUCUGUGUACAUUAGUGUUAAUCCUCACAAAUUGAGUGUUAUUCCUGUAUUACAAAUGAGAAAACUGAGGCUCAGAGAAUUGAGGCUCUUCUGCUGUCACAAUGCUGGUAAGUGACAGAGCUAGGAUUUAUACUAAAAGCCUGUUUGUUCUCUGUACCAUGUCAGCCUUGAGGGUUAGUUAUUUAGCAUUAUUUCCAUUUUUACUUAUUGACGUGUGACAUCUGAUACACUGGCCAGUAAUAGUCAAAGUAAUCAGCCAAAUUGUUGUAGGGGUUCUCAGAUUUUGUUCUUAUACUCUUGCUUGGGAGCUUGUUAAAAUGCAGAUUUCAAGACCCCAAUUUCAGAAAUUCUGAUUCUAGUAUGGGGCCCAGGAAUUUGCAUUCUUACCAGAUAUCACUGGGCAGUGGUUCUUAAAGUCUGGUCCCAACUAGCAAUAUCAGCAUCACCUGGGAACUUGUGGGAACUGCAACCUCUCCUGGGCCCCACACCAGACCUGCUGAAUCACAAACUCUAGGGAUGGAGGGUAGCAGUUAUGUUUAAACAAGUCCUUCAAAAGUGAGUCUUGUUCAUGCUAGUUUGAGAACCAUUGUCCUAAGGCCUAGGUGAUUCUGAUGGCAAAUGAUCCUUGGAACAUGCUGAUGAUUACUGCCCCAUAAGUAAGGUGUCUUUCAAAGAUUUAGAUAAAGCAUGUUUAGAUAAAGCAUGUAGAUCACACUACAUUAAAUGUGAAAGACUUCAAAGAUAAAGAGUCAGUGGAUCCAUCAUUUUGGCAAAAUUCUUUAGCUUCUUCAGAGUGACUAAUAUCAGGGCCCACAGUAACAUCUGUAAUUCUCCGACUUUAGUAAUUUCCCAUUUGGGCAGGAAGGGGUCAUUAAGUACUAGUAAGUACAUACUAAUUCAUUAAAAGUAUACCUAAAUAAGUGUCAUCAAAAAUGUUCACAAUUGUUAGUAAAAAAUUUUAAAUAGAGGUAGCAAAAUACUAUUUUAUAAUAUGCAGAAUGUUUUUCUGCUAAUGCAUAUUAUCAAAAUUUCAUCACUUUCAAGAAUCAGUUGAUUGUCUUAUAUGACCUAUAAGCAAAAAAUUCUCCGAAUAUUUGAUAGAGCAUAUAAAAGCAAUUUUUGUGAUCAUAAUGACUGACUUACCAUCUUUUAAUUUAAGAUCUUUGUCAUUUGGAUAAGUGAUUUUAGUUUGGUCUCAAAAUAUAGGGCUUUGGCUAGCAUAUGUUCUCUAAUAACAAUAUACUGGUAUUUUCAAAUGGGAAGUUCAUUGAUGAUAGCAGAUUUUUGUCUCAGAGUUUAAUUAUUUGUUUUCAAAUACCUUAAAUUUUAGAAGAGUUUUUGUUUCUGUAAGAAGAUUCUAAAAUAAAUCACUGACUAGUUUUUAAUAUUUUCUGAAAUAUGGUAAUUGGAUUUGAACAUUAAAUUUGCUUACUGGUUAUUGUCAUAAUUGUUUCUUGAGUAUUUUUCACUUCCUUGAGCCUAUUAAGCUAUAUUAUUACCAGAUUGAGGCUUGAAAGAUCCCUUGCUUGAUUGAUUAGAUCAAGUCCAUCCUUUUAUUCAUUUAAAUUUUCCGUUCAUUAGUGUAUUCUUUGACAAUUUCUGCUUCUUUGUAUUUAUUGCCCUUCUUUAUUUCCUUUCUAGUUAAUUUCCAUUUUCCAACUACUCUUAAUGCUGCCUUCACAAGGUUAAUUUGGCUGUCAUUAGUGAUUACAAUUUAUAUCUCUUACUGAUGAUUUUAUACCUAUUAACUUUAGGUUUCCCUGUGAGUUUGGAAGCAAAAAUCUAAUAAUAAUGCCGUCUGGCUCUCAGGAUACUUGCCCUACUUAAAAAUCUACAAUUUUAAACUAAUGCUAGAUAUACAAUUAUUAAAUGAAGUACAGUUAUUUGGAUUCCAUCACUCUCCUCCCCCUGCCCCCUUUUUCUCAAAGACAAACAAAAAAAACUCAUUUGCCUCAUUUCUCUACUUCUUCAUAGUAGGCCUGACAGAAACAUACUUAAGAAAUCUGGGGGACAACCUGUGGUUUCUUGUAUUCUAAAUGUAACCUCUAUUGAUUAAAAAAAAAUGACUUAUGUUUAUAUAUUAGAGUUGAAAUAGAAAUUAAUACAAAUUAGAAUAAGAAAUUUUACGAAUUCUCUUUAGAGAAACCACUCUAAAACUAGUUUAAGAGUUAUAGUACUCUAUUUCAACUCCUUUACCUCCCUAGUUUUCAGUUUAUAUUAAUUAAGUUUAAAUAACUUUGCAGGGCCCUGCAAAUUAAUAAUCCAUAUAAAAUAUUAAGGGAAACUAAUCUUACUGCUAAGCAGUGUGUUAUAUUACACAGUGAAUGUUUGUGUUUUGGAAUUUUAAUAUUAUGUAAGGUAAUGGUAUCAUGAAUGGUUUAAAAAUGUCUGGUGACUUGCUUAUUUUAAGUGAUCACCAAUAAGUCAGAAAAAUGUAUUUUUAAAUGUUUUUUAAAGUGCCUUUUGAACAUUUUUAAACAAUGGAUUUAAAUAACUGCAUAAAAUAAAUUACCAUGUUUAAAGCUGUUUUAUCUG